AUGAGCGAGAGCGAAGAACAUGCUGGUGGUACCACCAACAAUCACCAUGGUACCGGUAACAGUAGUGCUGCCAGCAGUGCCGACUACACGAGAAUCAAUUGGAAUCCUCCUGGAUCGGACCGUGGCGAUUCCGUGUCCACCAAGAAUGCGACCUUGGCAUUAAAGACGGCCAUUGCCGUGGCACGAGCAUUUGAUGCUAAUUGUGCCUUGCGAAAUCCGGCCAAGGAAUGCACCAUCCCCAUGUUUGAACCGCAAGAACUGAUACUAGGAGAACCGUUGCGAUCGUGUGGGUUUUUCACGGAUAUCCAACUGCGAGGCAUCAAACUGACGCGCAACUUGCUGCAUGGAGAAUUCAGUGAAGACGAAGAAGAGUUUCGAGAACGAUUUGCAGAACGAUCCAUUGAUGGUCAUUAUGCUGUCAAGUUCCUGCAAAAAGGAAUCUACAACAGUGUCCAUGCUGCCAGUGCUGCUUCCGAUAUGAUGAUGGAAACCAAAAUACUGAUGAACUUGGCCCCUCAUCCAAACAUUUGUCAAAUCUACGGAGUCACUGCAGCUGGAAGUGAUGCCUUUUUGAGUCAAGGGAAGGAAGGUUUUUACAUUAUCCUAGAUCGUCUCAAAGGGACCAUGAUUCAACGACUAGAUGAAUGGAGAACACAACAACAACAAUACCCACCCGAGAAACAAUACGAAAAACUCAUGCAACGCUUGGAAGUCGCAUUGGAUGUCGGUUCAGCAUUGCUUUUCUUGUCGGAUCGACAAAUUGUCUUUCACUUGCGUCCCGACAAGGUCGGAUUCGAUGUGCGCUAUGGACGUAUCAAACUGUGUGAUUUCGGACAAGCCAGAGAAAAUGGACAACUGGAUCAGGCGCCCAGUUUGACCAAGACGGAUGACAUUCGAACUCUGGCAUACACGGCACCCGAAAUUCUGUGCCAAGCUGCCGUCACGGUGGCAGCCGACGUGUACGCUUUUGGUGUUGUCUUGUGGGAGAUGCUGUCGUUGCAACGACCGUUUGAGGGUAUGAGUCGAUCGGCACAUUUUGAACAGGUAAUCAUGGAAGGAAAACGACCACCACUGACGGAUACCAUCAUUCCCAAGUCGGUACAGGGGCUCAUUUCCGAAUGUUGGGAUCCCCAUUUACGACCCACUAUGAAAAAGGUUUACGACACAGUCGAAGAAGUACUCUGUUCCAAGACGACAAACCACCGAUAUCUUGCCGGCAUCCAUGAAACGAGUUUCGUCCGAAGUGAUAAUGGAAAAACAGGCGCUGAUGCAGAACAAGAAGACCCUACCAUGGCGCAGUCGUCCAACAACCAACCAGCGUCCAGAUCUUCCAACUCCAAACGUCCUCUUCGGCGUACCAAAACCGAAGAUGUUCCAUUCUCCAAAGCCCGUGCAGAAGCAGCAAGCAGUAGUAGGAGGGCUUCCUCUCGACGAGAUCAUCAUCACAGCAGUGGCAGCAAACAAGUGCUGAUAACAACAACAAUAGUCAGACCGAGGUUGUUAUUGAAGAAGGAGCGCCCAUGA